GCAAUUUAGCUUACGAUUCCUCGAUUGCAUGUGCUCAUUUCCUCGCACGCUCACACUCAUAGUGUGUAUACACGUUACUAGUACUAAGUUUGACAAAAAUCUCCUCUCGCGCAAUGUAACCCCACCGAAAGCAAUUGAAAAUCGAUUUCAGAAACACCCCACCAGAAGCAGAAAGUGAAGAAACAGAAAAUGUUGAGACGCACAAUAGCUUCUUUGAAAUCAUCUAUUUCCCUUCACAUCACGGAGGAAGCUUCUAUACACAACGCUUAUCAUUGCCGUACUUUUACCACACAAUCGCCUUUACACCUUCGGGAAAAGGAUAGGAUUUGUCCCAAGCAUAUAGAUUCGGUUAUAACUUUUGUUUUAGGAGGCCCUGGUAGUGGAAAAGGUACACAAUGUGCAAAAAUUGUUGAAACCUUUGGAUUUAAGCAUCUGAGUGCUGGUGACCUGUUGAGGAAGGAGAUAGUUUCUGAUAGUGAAUAUGGCUCGAUGAUUCUGGAUACAAUUAGGGAAGGAAAAAUUGUUCCAUCAGAAGUGACUGUGAAAUUGAUUCUAAGAGAGUUGGAAUCUGGUGACAAUCAUAAGUUUCUUAUCGAUGGUUUCCCUAGAAGUGAGGAGAACCGCAUAGCUUUUGAACAUAUUACUGGAUCUGAACCAAAUUUUGUUCUUUUCUUUGAUUGCCCUGAAGAAGAGAUGGUGAAACGGGUGCUGAGCCGUAAUCAGGGUCGAAUUGAUGACAAUAUAGAUACAAUCAAGAAACGUCUUAAAGUAUUUGAGUCAUUAAAUCUUCCUGUGAUAGAUUAUUAUGCAAAGAAAGGGAAACUACACAGGGUAAUUUUUUAGAUCCAAUUUUCAUUUGA